GUUUGAGAAGGGGAAGAACAGCAGCCAAUAGCGCCGUUGUGUGGGCGGAGUUACCUGUGGAGACGAAGAGAAGUCCAUUUUACCGUACAUUGAAGCGUCAACAUGUACGGGAGAGGCAGAGACGGGUAUAUGGGAAGAGAGAGAGACGUCGGGGCCGGAUAUGGCUAUGGUCAGGACUCAUACGCAGAACCUUGGAUGUCACCCUAUGAUGGGCCGAACAGAAGAAGCAGUUACUAUGAACAACCAGAAAGAAGCAGAUAUGGCUAUUCUGAGCCUGAGCGAGGAUAUAGAGGACGGAGAAAGCAGCGUCCACCUCAUCAUGCAGCGCCACGGGGGAGAGGUGACCGAAGAGGGGGCUUUAGGGGUAACUUUCGGCCAUCUAGACCUGCAAGAGGUGCAAGACAUCCUAAUCAUCCACCAAUCUCAGAUAUGGAGCAAUUUCAGCAACUAAAACCAUUCGUUGAUAGCUUUUACUUUGGAGGAGGGUUCAACGUCAAAAACAAAAGGAAGGGAAAAUGGAAUAAAAGAUUUGACGGAGGACAGCCUCCUGAGAAAAAGAUGAAGACUUCAGCAGAGAACAGCAAGUCUGAGGAGCCGGGAUCAGAAGGAGGUGGCAAUACUGAGGAACCGGACCAGAGCACAAUGAAUGACAGAGAUCAAGAAGCUGGGACACAGGCAGAAACAGAACAUACACAGUCAUCUAGCAUGAAGCACAGAGAGACCCAGAAGGAAUUCAUGGAACGCACUUUGCCAAAUAGGAUCCAGUUUUUCUGCUCUCUAUGUAAGUUCCGCACAUUCUACGAGGAUCAAUGGAACAAUCACCUGAAGACCAACCUUCACGGUCGGCAUCUCAGCUAUUUGGAAAAGAAGCUUUCCAAUAAGGGGGCAGACUUCAUACAGGCGUAUGUGGAGAAUGGCUAUAAGAAGGCAAAGUAUCAUCGUAAACAGGUUGAAGAUCUCAACGCUAAAAUCCUCCAAAUACAUCAGAGUCAUGACCUCACCCUAGGACUGGGCAUGGACAAUUAUGUGAAGAAAGUUGACCUCGCUCAUUGUGAUGCAUGUGACGUAUUCCUCCCUAUGCAUUCGUUAACCCUACAGGAGCAUAUUAAAUCUCCCUCACACAGAAAUAACAGCAAGGACAUGAUAUUAUACGCUAAAAAGAGAGCGUUUAAAACCGCGAUGAGUAUCCUGGGUGACAAGCGUAAUAAGCAAAGAAUGGAGCAGUUCAGAAAAGGUGAAAAUCCCUUCAUAUAUUUUGAUGAGAACAUCAUAAGCAAUUUAGCACCAGAAGGCAAAGAUUCGGGGGAGAUGGCAUGCAUUACACUUUCCGACUCUGAAGGAGAGGAGGAGGAGGAUUUCCAGGGCCAAAACUCCUUCAUAAAUGAGGAGGAGGAUGAGGAGGAAGAAAUCAGAAGUCACUGCAGCACAGAGGUAGUACCAGAAACAGAGGAAUCAGAGCAGAUGCCAUGCAGUACUCCCCCCGACUCCAAAAAGGACGAGGAUGAAGAAGAUUGUGAUGGAAAAGUCACUGAGAAGGAAACUGCUUGUGUUCUGUGAUAUCCAGUUCCAGGGUCCACUUUCCAUCCAGGAGCUGUGGAUCCAUCACCUUCAUCAUCUCUGGCUAAAAAAGAACUUUUGUAAAUCCUCCGGCCCACCACAUGAUCUGUCCUCACAGGAGCAGCAUCCUGAGCCUCCCAAAACUCCAACAUAGACCAUCGGUAUUUUAUAGACCAGAUACAUAGAUUGUGUUUGGUGGCAAACAACUUGUAACAGGAUGAGGACUGACUGUAAUAGAAAGGAAAUAUCUGAGCUCUGUGUGAAGAUACAGAAGCACAUUUUAAGGAUUCAUGAGCUGGUAUUACAGUAGGAGGAGUGAUGAUGAUCAUAGAGCUUUGGCUCCAGAGGGAGGGGGGGUGCCAGAGAAUGAGGAAGGUUUUGUUAAAUGUCAGUUUUUUUUUUUUUUUUUUAAACUGUUAAGUCAUGAAAGCCCCGCUACUUGGUCUCAGAUAAUGAAGAGUGUUUAAUACAGUGUGGAAGAAUAAAGCUGUGAUUUGAUGACUUCUGUCUGCUAGGUGGGUUUUUCACUGUCCAACCUACAGGCCCCUUAUGUCUUUACUCAACCUUGGUUUGCUUACACAUUAUCUCCUUCCGUUGUGUAUAAACUUGCCAUUAUGGUAAUUUCAUCUCCUACCAGUUGUGGAAUGGAGAGCAGAUGGGGAUAAGGCCCUGUAGUAAUUUGGAUACCCCUACAUGGUUUGGUCAUGUUAUCGGAGGGCUGGGUUUUGAACUGCAAUUAGAUAUUGUGUAUAUUCCCCAGUCUUGCUAUGUGGAAAGAGUCCAGAGCUUUAAAUUAUUCAGUACGGGGUUCACCCUAUACUCCUUUCUAUUGAAUUCGGCUUUGUACUCUUUGAUAAGUUUACUCAGUCAGUAGUGUGCGGCCACACAGUUUUGACUUAAAAAAAAAAAAAAUACAAUAA